AGUGUUUAAUAAAUGGGAACAAAUAGACGACGAAAUUUGGGCGAAAGUGAUUUGCAUGAAUGGCAAACGUAGAGUAGCCAAGGCCUACGCCAGGGCACCUGUACUUACCAUUGAUGGCUCACACGACGGCUUCGAUGGCUAUAGAAUCGGAUUAAAUGGAUUUGAAAAUCCUUUGCUUGACGUCAAGACCGAAGAAGUGAUGCGAUAUAUAGGAAAAUUUAAGACUAAUGUGAGUCGUGAGCUCCGGUCCGCCUAUCCUAACCGCAAGAAACUGGAGAACCAGUGCCUCUCAUGCAUAGCAUUCGUGAGGAAUAGUCCUAAUAUUCUCGAUCUUCCCGUAUAUAUAAUGAUCAUAAAUAUCGUGGCACUCGAUCUGCUGAAGUCCAAACUCACUCUCAUUCCCUAUACUAUAAGACAAAAAUCACAAAAGUCAUCAAACAUGGGAACCACGCGAAUACCCGAUUGGGUCUCACUAUUUGAUAGACACGACAAACACGGGGAAGAAGACCCGUAUUCACUGCCCGCCAACGGAUCGUCUUAUGACUCGAGUUAUUAUGCAAAUAACGGAACGUUACUCAAGAAGUCGACUCUUAGGGAACCGAAACCACCGAAACUUCCGCCCAGAGAUUUCGGCAAAUAUAAGAAUAACAAGAAUCCAAUCCACAAAUUAUCCACAAAUCAAAUCCAAAUCCCGACCCCAGACUAUUCACAAGAGGAGGACUUCUAUACAAUCACUCCGAAGACGCUUAAGAAGAAGCCGUUAUGCAAUAAAAGAGAUGAAGAUCCGUAUUAUUGUGGUCUUGAGGCGAGGGUAACCAACUUCAUGAGACCCGUUCCCACCCAAUCCAAGAAGUCUGUUGCCUGGCGUCAGAUGCGAAAAGUGUUUUCCAGUGGAUAUAUCAACACAUUAUUGCCUCCAUUGACUAAAAAGAAAAGAUCCAAAUCUUAUUACUACAACUCAUCGGAAUCGGAUCCGUAUGCAUCACUCAAUGACACCAUUUAUGAGCCCAUCUAUGGAAGAGUUUCUUCAAACUAUUCAACCAAUAAAUACAAGCCGUCGACAGUUAGGAGUAGGGCUUAUGUCACUGAUUGGCAAAACCACUACUAA